AUGAAAGCAAGACCAGAUAGCACCCAAGCGCCGAUACCAGUAGACUCUGAACGCGACGAUGACGUAUAUCAUUUCGGCGCACCACCGCCGUACACUGCGGAAGAGCUGACGGGCUCAAUACCACAGCCAGGAGAUACUGGAGUGACGAAUGACGGUCGCAUCGACAUUGACUUGAACUCGCGACUGACCAAAACACUCGUCAAGCUUGUACCGAAGCAUGACAAAGAUGAACCAGAACUAAGCCGAAGAUUCACUGUUAGCCGACUAUGGAGUAUCCGUCUGAACAUUGUCAUCCAAGUCGUAGGAAGUCGAGGCGAUGUACAACCGUUCAUUGCCCUCGGACAAGAGUUGCAAAAGUACGGCCACCGUGUCCGCAUAGCGACACACAACACGUUCGAAGGCUUCGUAAAGGAGUCAAAUCUAGAGUUUUAUCCUAUUGGCGGGGAUCCUAAAGAGCUCAUGGCCUACAUGGUCAAGAACCCAGGGUUGAUACCGUCCAUGAAGAGUCUUCGCGAAGGCGAUAUCCAAAAGAAAAGGGAAAUGAUCGCCGAGAUGCUCUAUGGCUGCUGGCAGUCAUGUAUCGAACCGGACCUCAAAACUCAACAGCCAUUUGUGGCAGACGCAAUCAUCGCCAAUCCGCCUAGUUUCGCGCAUGUACACUGUGCCCAAGCUCUGGGCAUUCCACUCCAUCUCAUGUUUACCAUGCCUUGGAGCAGCACCCGAGCCUUUCCGCAUCCGUUGGCGAACUUCAAGAGCGACGAAAUCUCGACCGCCCUCAUCAACUAUGCAUCGUAUGGCGUCGUCGAAUUUCUAACGUGGCAGGGUCUGGGUGAUGUCAUCAAUGGAUUUAGACAUUCCUUGGACCUUGAAGAGGUGCCGCUAUCAGUCGGACCUGUACUUGCUUCUGUACUCAAAGUGCCUUUUACGUACUGCUGGUCUCCGGCUUUGGUUCCGAAGCCACCUGAUUGGGCAGCGCAUAUCGAUGUUUGCGGUUUCUUCUUCCGCGAACCAACGCCGUACACGCCGCCUCCGGAAAUUGAUCAGUUCCUGAGAGAUGGGCUCCCACCGGUCUACAUCGGCUUCGGGAGCAUCGUCCUCGACGAUCCUGCAAAGGUGACAUCAAGCAUCCUGGAAACCGUGCGCGCCCUGGGUAUCCGGGCGAUCAUCUCUAGAGGAUGGAGUAACCUUGGGGGCGACUUACCAAACGACAACAAGGACGUUCUGUUCAUCGGCGACUGUCCACACGAGUGGCUGUUUCAGCAUGUUGCAGCGGUUGUACAUCACGGCGGUGCAGGUACGGCUGCGUGCGGACUACGUAAUGCAUGUCCUACUGUUGUCGUUCCGUUCUUUGGAGACCAGCCGUUCUGGGGAGAGAUGAUAGCAGCAGCGGGAGCCGGUCCACAGCCUAUUCCCCACAAACUUCUGACAGCCGAAAACCUUACAGCGGCUAUCCACUUCUGUCUCACGCGCGAGGCAAAGCAGGCCGCACGGGGAUUAUCUUCGCAGAUGGCGAACGAGCGAGGCGUCGAGGCAGCAGUACAAUCUUUCCACACCAAUCUGCCUCUCGAGACUAUGCGAUGCGCACUGCUACCUACACAGGUGGCAUCGUGGAAGGUCAAGAAAGAAUCCAUCCUUCUUUCCAAAUUAGCGGCACAGAUACUCAUCGAGAAUGGUUCCAUCGAUCCCACCGAUCUGGAAAACCACGAAACCGAUCCUUUCAUCAUCACCAAUCAACGCUGGGACCCCAUAACAAGUACAACUUCGGCGUGUGUUGGCAUUGUCGGAGACAUGGGUAUGGCAAUGAAGGGCAUGGUUGUGGAUCCCUUCGUUGAGCCUAAACACCCUGCUACAUUCUCAGGAGCCUCAGCGUCUUCAGGAAAGCCGGGUUCAAGCGGCGCAGCUGCCGCAGGUCGCUUUGCCAAAGGCUUUGGUAGAUUUGUAGGUGCAUUCUAUAAGGGUACCAUCGUCGACCUCCCUCUCGCUGCCACAGAAGGUUUUCGCAACGUGCCAAGGUUGUAUGGUGAAGAAGUCAAAGACCAUGGGGAGGUCACUGGCGCUCUUUCUGGCUUCCAAGUCGGUGGCAAGACCUUCAUCCAUGGCUUUGCCGACGGCCUCUCGGAUCCCUUCCGUCAGACGUAUGAAGGUGGGAAGAAAGAGGGUGCGAUCGGGUAUGCAAAGGGCUUCGGCAAGGGAAUGUCCGGACUGAUUACGAAGACUGGCGCAGCAACCCUUGGGAUUAUAGCAUACCCUGGAGAUGGCAUCGUGAAGAGUAUGAAGUACUUGGCGAAAGGCGGCACGAGAAAGCGCAUCAAGGCGGCAAAACGGGGAGAGACUGAGUGGAUGGGCCGGAAAUCCGAGGCUGACCUGAGAGCUGUGGAACUCAUCCAAGAGUUCGACAGGCUAAGGAAGGGCAAGGCAAAGGUGAAGACGUAA